AUGAUGCUGCAAAACCAAAUGAUGAUGAGGCAAUUUUCAACUCUUGAGGUGCAGUAAUAAAAGCCACAAAUUAAAAUUGUUAAGAAUACAGUUACCGAUGAUCUAGCUUUACUUGAACAAGCGCUUCCAAAGACACCAGCUCCUUAAUGUUUCUUCCCAUCUACUAUUGUAAAGAAGAUAGGACGCACUUAAGAUGCUAGUAAAUGGGGGCUUAGAUAUAGCUCUUUAAAAUUGAAUGCUUGUGCUAAGUCUGUCAGAAAGCAAAGUUUAUUAGAUGCAAAGACUAUUGUCUAAUUUUCUAAUAAAAAAGGAGCUUAAAUAGUUUUGUCAGUUCUUGAAGCGGCUAGAGCUAAUGCACUUAAAAAGGGAUUAGCUGAGGAGAGAUUGUACGUGAAAGAAUGUAUCGUAGGGAAAGCCCUAGGCAUGAAAAAGCUUGAUAUCAGAGGCAGAGGAAAAAUGGGAAUGAUUCAUCUUCCUAAAAGCUCAAUAAGAAUUACACUUGAAGAAAGACCUCUAGAGGAAUUUUACAAGGAUCUCUUAAAAGGAAAUGCUUCUCCAUACAUUGCUCAUGUAUUUAGAAAGAAUCUUUAUCAAAGCAACGCUAACUUUGAGGAAGUUAGAAAACUCUCUCACAUCACUACAAGUAAAGGCAGAUACUACAGAAGAGUUUAAUUCAAAAGACUAUAGAGGCUUAUUUAAAAAGAAUACGCAAAGAAAGGUGCUAAAAUUAGUAUACAAAAGAUCGAGAGGAAUCUAUUAGAGAAGUCACUAAACGAUUUCUUAGAACAUAAGGCUCAAACAGAAGAUCAAAGAAUGUUGGUUUCUCAGAAUGCAAGACAAGCCUUGUUCGAGAAAAAUUACAAAAAGAAGUGA